AUGGCCAAGAAUAAUCUCACCACAGUGACCAAUUUCAUUCUCAUGGGCUUUACUGACUACUCUGGGUUGGAGAGUCUCCUCUUUCUGGUGUUUCUGAACUUCUAUCUAGUCACCCUUCUGGGGAAUGUAGGGAUGAUUAUUCUGAUCCAACUGGAUGUCCAGCUCCACACCCCAAUGUACUUCUUCCUGAGCCACCUCUCCCUUCUAGAUGCCUGCUAUAGCUCAGUCAUCACCCCUCAGAUCCUGGCCACACUGGCCACAGGCAAGACAAUCAUCUCCUAUGGCCAAUGUGCUGCCCAGUUCUUUUUCUUCACCAUUUGUGCAGGUACAGAGUGUUUCCUGCUGGGAGUGAUGGCCUAUGACCGCUACAUCGCAGUUAGCAACCCACUGCUCUACACUGUAGCCAUGAACCCCAGAAUCUGCUGGAGUUUAGUGGUGGGAGCUUAUGUCUGUGGGAUAUCAGGGGCCAUCCUGCGUACCACGUGUAGCUUCACCCUCUCCUUCUGCGACAACAAUCAGAUCGACUUCUUCUUCUGUGACCUCCCACCCCUGCUGAAGCUUGCCUGUGGUGACACAACAAACACAGAGAUUAUCAUUAUCUUCUUUGGCAACUUUGUGAUUUUGGCCAAUGCCAUGGUCAUCCUGAUUUCCUACCUGCUCGUCAUCAAGGCUGUUUUGAGAAUGAAGUCUUCAGGUAGCAGGGCUAAGUCUUUCUCCACAUGUGCCUCCCAUCUCACUGCUGUGGCCCUUUUCUUUGGGACCCUCAGCUUCAUGUAUCUGCGGAGUGGCUCAGGCAAAUCUCCAGAAGAAGACAAGGUCAUAUCUGUCUUCUACACUGUGGUCAUCCCCAUGCUGAACCCUCUGAUCUAUAGUUUGAGAAACAAGGAUGUGAAAGCGGCCUUCGAAAGGGUCACUGGUAGAUUCCAUGUGUUUCAGAACAUGUAG